AUGGACGGACCGGGUCAACGUAAAAUCAUCCUGCCGCUUGUUGUUGAAGAAUGUGGUAUCGUUCCUGGUGAAGACGAGUUCCUGCGACGGCUUGUUCAAGCACGCUUUGAGUGCCCGUACUGCGAUUAUCGGUGCUUCCGCAAAUACGACCUCGACCGUCACGUCCGAAAACAUACGGGGGAGAAACCUUACGGAUGCAACCAAUGCGAGAUGAAAUAUUCACGCCUCGAACAUCUAAAAACUUUGGCUGAAAUUUCGCGUCUGCUGGAGUCUAAUCCGUUUGGCUUAACCCUGCUGCCAGUCCAGCCAAAAAAAACCACAGCCAAUGCAAGUGGCCCAACCAGUAAUGGAAGUAGCGGAAACAAUAAUAUUAUUACAACAAACAGUUCUAGCUCUGAGCGAACGUCCUCGACCCCAGCGCGACGUGGGCCCCUCGCCGGUCAAGGCCCAGACGCACCAGAAAAACCGUACGGAUGCACCCACUGCGCGAAGACCUUCAGCAAUCGAAACAACCUUAAAUAUCACAUGAGCACGCAUAUUGGCGGCAAACCGUACAAGUGUAAAGGCUGCGACUACCGUACCGCCUAUCCAAGCGGAAUCUACCAGCACAAUAAAGUGUGUCCUGGCAAGAGGCAGGACACGCAAUCUACAGGCCUACAACAGCCAACACAGCAGCCACAGCAACAACAGUCUCAGCAAGCACAGCAACAGCCACAACAAGCACAGCAGCAGCAGCAGGCGCUUCUGCAGCAACAACAGCAUCUUCAUCAUCACGCAGCGGCCGCAGUGGCUCAGCAACAGCAUCUUCAGCAUCAGCUGCAGAUUCCGCUGCAUACGCCUCCUCCGCAUCUCGCCCAUUAUUAUCAGCAACCACAUCAUUAA